GGCGUAUGAAUAUUUUCACUGUCGAUGGAAGAAGUGAUAGGAGGAUGGGAGAUUGUUUUGCACCGAACAAAGAAGGUUGACUUCCAUUUCCCUCCAUCCUAAACAGAUUCCAUAACCCUAAUACCAAAAGCGAACUGGUCCAACUGACACACAUAGAAAAGAAGAUAUAAAAUCUUCCUUCUUGCCUGUGAUCUUCAUUCGAUUUGCAACCUCGGACAUGUACAAAGUUUUUUGAAAUCGCUGGUCAUUUGUUGUUCAGUCGUACAUCCACUAUUGUGAUAAUGAACUCUAAAGUGAUCUGUGCUGUGAUCGGUCUAGGUCUGCUGGCCUUGGCUGCUGCAGGACCUAUGGUUGACAACAACAAGGGCCAUGUGGAUAAUUUAGUCAAUACCAACGAAUACACAACUGUGGAAGCAUCUUUACUCAAAAAACUCAACACCAAAUGCUCGACCAGGGAUAUAAGCUCAUGCAUGAUGCUCAAACUAGUCACCUACUUCAAUAAGAUGCUGAAAAAAUCAAUGAUUGAGUACGGAGACAUAGAGAUCACCCAAACCUCAACUGAAACCAUCUCAGAGGAGUCAUCAAGGAGUUUGAAUGAUGUUGAGAAUAUGUCUGAAGAGGAGCAGAUCAGCGAGGUUAUCACCGAUAAGCUAUCAAAGUUCAUCAGGACAAGGUCUUUGAAAUGGAAGGCUUUCGAUGGAACCGAUGUUGUGGUGACCGGAAGCACAGACAAAGAUGGAUCCACGACCCUUGGUUUUUCUCUGAAACCAGACGAGUCCACUGGUAACGGUGACGCCAGGAAGAAGAAGAACAACGGCAUGGGCAUGAUGAUCGCUGCAGCUGCCAUGAAAAUCGGUUUGCUGAAGGCUUUAGCGUUCAAGGCACUCGUUCUUCUCGUAGGAAAGGCUCUUCUGGUCAGCAAGCUUGCCUUGGUACUAGCUGUCGUUAUUGGUCUCAAGAAACUCUUCAGCCAGGAGAAACACGUUACCUACGAAGUAGUUGCCCAUCCACAUCACGAGCACGCCUCUGUUAGCAGUGGCGGAGGACAUGACUCAUAUGGAGGCGGCGGUUGGGGAAGGACCUUCGACGCACAAGGAGCCCAAAAUCUGGCAUACAAAGCCCACGUACCAACCAACUGAACGAGAGAAAAGAUUUGAU